GCCCAUACCAACCGUACGUUAUUUCAGGCCCUAUAUAAACUCCCUAUCUCUCUCUCUCCUUAUAAUCUCACACCCAAUUCUUCAACAUAUUUCAAAGAGCCAAAGAAAAACAAAGUUGUAUAAAAUUAAUUCAUUAUAAUUAAUUAAUUAAUUGAUUAUAAUAAUGGCAAAAUUCAGCACCCUUUUUAUUAUAGCUCUCCUUGUUUGCUCCAUCACUCUUAUACAUGCAGCUCGUCCUACGCCAGAAUCUCAGCCUGCGGCAACACAGAUGUUGAACAAGGCUGAUAUUUCUGAUGACUGUAGUCCUGGAGAACAAGAAGAAGACUGCUUGGUGAGGAGGGAACUCGUGGCUCAUACUGAUUAUAUCUACACUCAGUCACAAAAUCCUUGAACUAAUAUUAAUUAAUUAAGUUGAUCGUUUGUAUUAUUAAUGUAGUAACCUCGAUAAAUAUACAUCAAUAUCAAUUCAUGAUGAAUUGAUGACCUUAAUUUCACAAAAUGUAACGGCGGCACAUAAAUUAAAGAAUCUCAUUUGUUGAAUAA